AUGUGUUACUAUGGCAGCUACUAUGGAGGCCUGGGCUAUGGCUAUGGAAGCCUGGGCUACGGCUAUGGCUGUGGCUAUGGAUGUGGUUAUGGCUGCUGCCGCCCACUCUGUUGUAGAAGAUACUGGUCUUAUGGCUUCUACUGA